UGGUGGGGAAACCAAUCGCUGCAAAGCGGAUUCUACGAAUAUGGUCUGUCGCCAUUUCAAACACAGACCAUGAAGGGCUUCUUCAACCCCGGAGCCUUCAGGCUGUUCAAGCGCUUGGGACGACAGGCCUUGUUCAUUGGUCCCCCAGCGCUGGCCUUCUUCUACGUGAAGGACUGGGCUGAUGCCAAGUUCGAGCACUACAAUCGGAAGGCAUAUCUCUUGAGCCCCGAGCACAAGCACGAGCACUAGAUACAUCGUUAGAGGCAGAAUCCCUCGAAUUGUCAUCAUAUACCGGACUUAGCCCAAAAUACAUCAAAUAUGAAUCAGAGUUUCGUCGCGGAGACUUGAUGUACGUUACAAUCCACCACAUCACUUAUUUGUUUUGUGUCAAAGGGGUUCCCAUUUGUGUUCAGGUUCUCGCCUCAUGGCCGGCUAUUUAUCGUUGCUAUGCUGCGGUUCUGCCACUACCUCAAGCUUUUCAACCUGAAGUUCCUCCACGUCUUGACGACAUGAGCUCUGCAACACACGCCACGGAGUCUCGCGUCAUCCCCUGCCCUCUGCACAUCCUCUGGCAACAGAUAGUCGCUACACCGUUACGGUUCUGGAAGACGGCGGUGCAAUCGGUAGAAGUCGUCUCCGGGUCGCCAACGGAGGUUGGGGCGCAGUUCAUCGUGCAGUUCAAGGACGGAACUAGGCAGCGCCUCCAGAUCAAUGAGCUCUCUGAGCUCCAUCACCAUGUGACCUAUGAACUUCUUGAGAGCGACCCUCCCGUGUACACAUUGGCCGCUCUGCACACGAUCCGCUUGGUGCGGGUGACACACGACAACUCAACAUACGUGGAGCUCUCGGCGCAGUUCACUCAGCGGCGAAAACACUACCGCAGUCGUGGAGGACUCACGCCUAAAGAAGAAGGAGGCUCUCAAAGCCUUAGCUACGCUCUGAUUUUAUUUUGGAGAUCGCCCGCCACCAUCUAUCUGCCUUAUCCGCCUUGUAAGAAGACAGCAGCGCCGUCUUGUAGCGCCUCUUCGUCCCCACUCCCAUCGUCCCCUUCCCUGUCUCGGCGCCCUGGUUCGAUAAAGCGUCUCCCUUUGAUUCCUUGUUGGCCCCCUCCGCGCCUUCCUUGAACUCUACAGUGUCGCGUGUAUUCGAUGUUCUUUAACUUUUGUAGCUCCUCUAUAAUCUUGCUUUUGAUCAUGGGCUGUUCUCCGGGUAUUCACUGAGCAUCCAUUGCCUGUACUUAGGGUAGAGAUCUGAUGGUUUCUCCAUG